AUUUGGUUUCAUGAAAUCAUGACUAUAAUAAAAGAUGGGAGGACUUUCCAAAGAGCUGUCAGUUCACAGAGCCAGCAGGUACUUUCUACUCUGGGAACAGACAGCAAGCAGCCUCCACCGUGGGAAUAUAUGCAUGAUUUAUAUCCACUGUGGCCAUUACGCAAGGCUGUAGCCCCCACGGGACGAGCUAUUUAACCAGUGUAAAAAAUUGGAUUAAUUAUGUUUGCUUAAAAUGUUCUCACUUUAAAACAUCAUUUCCAGUGAUGAGGAGGAGGCAACUCUGACUCAUAUCUGACCAUCGGUGCAGAACACCAACAGUCUGUCUGCCAUCUGAACCAGCAGCGAUUUGACACCGGAGAUGCAUUUUUUUUAACAGCAAAAGCAAAAAUAUUAACUUUAAAUGUGGUCUGUUUUCACAAUAUUUCAUUUUUUCAUGGAUGACUUCUAGAUUUACACCCCUGGGCAUUAACAGAGCAGCCUGUCUUUUCAAGAAAGAGAGCCUCAGGUGUGAAGGAAAUUUCUGCUGCCGGCCAAGGUGGAGCAGUCAACCCGAACUUACUGGACCAUUUGUAAUAGACCAAUUUGGCUUUUCCUUACACCAGCAGAGGCGGAACAAACUCUCCUGAAUCUCUCUAAUUUGAUUUUUCUACAUGACUUCAACUUUCCUUUAACAUUUAAAAAUUUAACUUCACAUUCAUCAUCUUAAAUUUACUGUCAAAGUGUUAGUGAAGUCCAUAAAAUGCUGCAUAUGUUGAUCCAAAAUUUAAAAAAAAAAAAUAUGGGAAUUUAAUGAAGCUACACUCUCUGGAUACUCUUAUUAGGUAUACCCUGCUAGUACUGGAGCCUCUUUUGCCUUAGUUGUUCAUGGUACAGAUUCAUCCAAGCGCUGAAAACAUUCCUCAGAUGCUUUGAUCCAUGGAUCCAAACCAAAAAUAGCCCCAAUCGUUGAUACAAGGUAAGAGGAUCUAUGUUGUUUACACCAAAUUCUGACCCCAUCAUCCAAAUGUUACAGCAGAAAUCGAGAGUGAUCAGACCAGGCAGCAUUUUCCAGUCUUCUAUUGUCCAGCUUUGGUGAGCCUGUGUGAACUGUAAUCUGUUUCCUGUUCUUAGCUGACAGGAGAGACACCCAGUGUGGUCUUCUGCUGCUGUACCUCAUCUGCUUCAAGGUUCAACAUGUCAUUCCUUUGAAAUGCUCUUCUGCAUUCUUUGGUUGAGCAGUUAUUUGAGUUACUGUUGCUCAAAGCUGAUAUCUCUGGCAUGAACAAGGCAUUUUUACCCAGAGAACUGCUGCUCAAUAUAUAUUUCUAUGGCAAUAGUGAACUCUUAUUAUAUUUAUUGUUAUAUAUAUUAUUAUAUUUGCACACCUUUUAUUAUAAUAUACAUAUCAUCCCCCUGGAGUCAGUAAUACCUCACAGGCUUUCACACUUCUUUGUAAAGUGGCACUUGUUUGAACCUGCCACAUCUGAUAGAGUUGCAAAGCGCUAGCGGGCCGCCACAGAUCUACACAACACCGUGAUUAGAUGCCCAUAUGCAGCUGUGGUAAGCUCCAUCUUGGAGCAUCCCAUCCAGGUCUGGCAUUCUUUGAGUCAGAGGCUGCCAGAGGGGCGUGCUCGCAGAAAGUCGGUCCUUUCACACCAGCAGGGACACCGUUCAGCUGCCGAGAUUCACCAUGGCUUCAUCGCUGCACCGCACACCCGUUUUGUUGCGUUUUAUUCACUUGUCGUUACUGCUUGCUGGUGUGUUAUGCGACCUUGAAGCAGAAGAAGAUGAGCAUGCCAAGCACACGUACACGGUGGAUAUGUUUAACGAGGCGGUGCCCACUGCACCCCACUUUGUCAUGUUUUACGCUCCAUGGUGCGGCCAUUGCCAGAGGCUACAGCCAACGUGGAACGAGCUGGCAGAGAAAUACAACAGCAUGGAUGACCCCCCGGUGUAUGUGGUAAAAGUAGACUGUGUCCAGGACACUAAAUUUUGCUCCAAUGACCACGGCGUUAGAGGCUACCCUACGCUUAAGUUGUUUAAGCCUGACCAGGAAGCAGUGAAGUACCAGGGCCCCAGAGAUCUGCAGUCUCUGGAGACCUGGAUGCUGAAGACGCUCCAAGAGGAGCCUUCGGAACCAGAGAGUGAACUGGAGCCUCCUAAAGCCCCAGAGCCCAAACAGGGAAUGUAUGAGCUCACCGCCCUCAACUUCAAGACCCACAUAGUCAAAGGCGCCCACUUUAUCAAGUUCUUUGCACCUUGGUGUGGUCACUGCAAAGCCAUGGCCCCAACGUGGGAACAGCUGGCCACCACCUUUGAGCACUCUGACGAUGUGAAGAUAGGAAAGGUGGACUGUACUCAGCACUACGAGGUGUGUUCUGAGAAUGGUGUGAGGGGAUAUCCCACACUGCUCUUCUUCUACAAUGGAGAAAAGACAGAACAGUACAAAGGAAAAAGAGACCUGGACUCUUUCAAAGACUUUUUGGACAACCAGCUGAAGGCUGCACUCACCGAGGAGGAAAAGCAGGAGGAGCAGAAGGACGAACCAAAAGCAAAUGAGAUCCCUGCUGAAGAGCCAGCUGAAGAGGAAGCAAAGUCCAGUGUUUUGGUCCUGAAUGAGGACAACUUUGAGGAGACUGUAGCCAAAGGAUUCACCUUUGUCAAAUUCUACGCUCCAUGGUGUGGUCACUGUAAGAAUCUCGCUCCAACAUGGGAAGAUCUUUCCAAGAAGGAAUUUCCUGGUUUCACUGAUGUCAAGAUUGCUAAAGUGGACUGCACUGUUGAGCGCACACUCUGCAACAAGUACUCUGUGCGCGGUUACCCCACCUUGAUCAUCUUCAGAGCAGGGGAGCAGGGUGAUGAGCAUCACGGCGGGCGGGAUUUGGAGAGCCUGCACGACUUUGUGAUGAAGCAGGCCAGAGACGAGCUGUAGAUACGGGCUAGUCGGCGCUCUCUCUCUCCACAACUCUACUCGCUCACACUGCAUAUCUGGCCAAUAGGACACCACUCUCUCUCCUACAAAAGCCAGACCCCCCUCUGUCUCUCCCCCCACUCAGUCAGUCAUCCAAUGACAGGCUGGCGCAGUCAGCUUUUUUUUUGGUAUUCAAGUGCAGAAUCAUUCGGUAAGAGUGUUUGGAAGGUGAUCGUACUUCUCAUUGCUCUUGCUCAACUGUAAACCAUGUUGAGACUGGUUGGGCCUGAAGAUGAAGUAAUAUGUGCGACAACCACUUUGCAAGCUCUGCUCAGAACCAGAACUCUUCACAAGAAUACAAGAAAUGUUAAAACAGUGGCACUAAAGUUUCUACCUGUUUGUUUUUUUCUUUUAAAUCAACUGUUUCUGACGUCUCUGCCAUUUGACUUCUUUUUUUCCCCCAAUGCUAAUUUGUGUACAUGAAAUCUUCUUUUUGAAAUCGUAAGCCAUUAGUUUUCUAUUACUGUCACUCAUGACGCUGUAAAAGUUGUGACUCUCCAAUGUGAAGCAGAGUGUUAAGUUGAGGGUGCUUCAUAGUCAUGCCAGUGAUGGCCUGUCUGACUUAACUCUCAGGGAAGAAACCACACAGACUGGGAGGAGAUGUGAUGGAGGAGUCUGUGAUUUUACUGAAUCUGACAACUUUUUUUUUCUGUUAAUCAUGAUUACCAGAUUGUGACCGAUUAUUUUAGUCUCAGUGAUCGACCAUCCCUUUCUGCUCCUAGCAUUGGGAGUGUUAGGCCUGGACCAUGCUGCCCCCAUCGCUCUGUUACUGAUCUUUUGUGUUACUGCUUCUGUUUGGACAAGCCAUCGUUGAUGUGAAGUCUCCUUAACAUUCUUCCGUGUCGAUGUAAAAACAUGUGAAUGUUUGUAUUCUUCAGGCCAGGCUUAUCCUACCUAUGUUAGAAGGAUUUGGGAACAGCAGGGUCGCUCAUCGUCAGCACUGAAAGGUCGAACUGCUGCUCAGGGUGAGCUCAACUCCCAUCGUAUCCACGUUCUCACUGUGAUUUCCAUUUAUUCUUACUGAAGCGACAGCCGAAGUUGAGAACAGUGUAUCGGGAUGAUUUAGACCUUUGGACACCAGAGCCAUCAGCCUGAAUAAAAUAGACGAUGAGCUUCUGAUUGAAGUGGGUUGGAACUGGCAGCAUUAAAAUUCAACACAGAAAUAAUUUUCGGGGGGAUUCGAAGGUCAGACCUUAGUGAAAAAGCAUUUGCAGUGUUUCAGUGCACUUUUCUGCAAUUAACUGCCGUGUUGUAAACUGCACCCACCUGUUAGGCAAAUGCUCUUUGACCCGGGUUAUGUGGAAAGCAUGUGUUGUGUGAAUGCAGGGCACCAUUUAUUGUUAAACCCAGGUACUCAAACAGUCUGAGACACAGCAGUUUUUUCUCAGUAAAAGUUUUUAUGGAUAGCACAUGGUCUAAGCAACUCCAGUGACACAGUCAUGUUUUUUUUUUUUUUUUUUUUCCUUUUCAUGGGUUAUAGUUUGUGCACUACCCACAGAUUUUGUACAAAAAAGAGUGAAUAAUGGCAAAAUGUAACAUGAGAUUUCGUAAUAAAUUUUUCUCAAAAAUAA